UCAAAGCUGAACGCGGCCAUUGUUGAUUACUUUCCUAAGAUAGUGGAGACCACGUGUUGUUAACAUUUUAAAAACCGUGUUUACAAAAAUGACUAGAUAUGCAAGGGCAAAAGGAUCUAAAGCAUCAAAUGAAAGAUUACCCAAUGAAGCUACUCCAUGGAUGGUAAUGAAACAACAAUUAGAAGACAAAAACAAGGAAUCUUUGAAAAAGAAAAGAACAGCAAAGGAAUUGUUGAAGGAUUAUGAGGAAAAUGAGACCAACAAAAAUAUUAAUAACAAUUGGGCAGAAUUUAGUAAACAUCUCAGUGAAAAGAAGGAAAAGAAAAAAUCAUCAAAGGAAUCAAUAAAGCAUCAUGAAAGAGAUACAGAAGAUAGCAUUGCAAAUAGAAAUAUUAAUUCUGAUUUCUCAAAAUGUGAAAAGACACGCGAGAAAAAAGAAUGUAAGAAAUCAAAGUCAACUGAACUUUGUACAAAUACAAUAGAAAAUUCUAAAAAUAAUAAUAUUGUUGCAUCUAAAAAUAAUAGUAAAGAAAACUUACAACAAACAGAACACACAGAAGAUACAAGAAGCAAGCAAAUACAUGAUAAAAAAGGUAUGUUUCCUAAAAAAAAGAAACAAGAAAAAGAAGAACAAGAUUUCAAAGAUUCACCAUCUGAAGAGAAAGUAAAUCAAGAUGAAGCACAAUCAAAUUUUACUGUGUUAAGCAAACGACAAAAGAGGAAUCUUAAAAGAAAAUUGAAAACAACUAACAGUGGUUGCGAAGGUAAUAGUACAUCAGACAAAAUAUCUAAUUACAAAGGAAAAGAAAAGAAAAGUAAACAAGAAGGAAACUACAAAAGGAGAAAGCCAGAUAUUGGUGCUAUAAAAAUGAUAAUUAAUGGCGUAGAAACUGAAAUUGUCAAGUAUGAUGGAUUUCCUGUUAAAAAGGAAGAUGCAGAGAGACUAGCAGAUCUUAAACAACAAAUGACAAUGAAGGGUAUACCAAAACUUGAAAUAGAUAUAGCGAUAAAGCUGGAGAGGCGUAAGGCUGAGAAAGCCCUAUCACGCGUUAAAAAACACGUUUGCUUCAACUGUCGCAAAUCUGGACACAAUUUGUCAGAUUGCCCAGAGCUUGGCAACGAAGAAGGCACGGGCAUCUGCUUCAAAUGCGGCUCAACGGAGCACACGCAUUUUGAAUGCAAAGUCAACAAGGAUGCCACCUACAGAUACGCCAAAUGCUUUAUUUGUCGUGAACAAGGACAUAUUGCUGUGCAAUGUCCGGACAAUCCGCAAGGAGUUUAUCCCAAUGGUGGUUGUUGCAAAAUUUGCGGAGCUGUGACGCACUUGAAAAAAGAUUGCCCUGACUUGGUAAAGGCCAAAGAGGAAAACGCCAUUACAGUAGAAAAAAUUAAUGAUUCUGCUUUAGAAUCUUUAAGCGAAAUUGUUAAAGAAAAAGAUAACAAUGAUAAAGUGAAGACAAAAAAUAAGAUUGUCAAAUUUUAGGUAUAAUAUAUAUUUUA